AUGGUCGUAUGGCUUCGGCCUGAGUAUAUUCUGGCAAUUGUCACCAGUUUAUGCUAUUGUUCACAAUUUGUUUUUUCAAAAACUUAUGAUAAAUUUUGGUGUGCAACUGAAGAAGGUCGUCAUCAAUUAUCUUGUCCUGACGAAACCGCUUUAUUAACAGACGUUUCAAUACGUAAAGUCCAUCGUCGUACACAAAUGUGUGAACCUGAUAUUCAUUCUGAUUAUCUUAUUCAUUGUCAAGGAACAAUUGAUGGUUCAUCAUGUGAAGGAAAUAAAACAUGUAUUAUUGAAGUAUCUAGUCGAAAUUAUGUAAAAUGUGGUGAUAAAAAUUAUGCACCAACAUAUUUUUUUGUGAAAUAUACUUGUACACAAAUUCAUACAAUGUGUAUAGAUACAGAACCUAUACGAAAUACACUCUAUGGUUUUAUUGUUUCACCAGCUUAUCCACAUCCAAUGGCUGAUAAUUUAGCAUGUUCAAUUAAUAUUGAAGCCGAUCCAUCGAUGUAUAUUGAAUUAACUCCAAUCCAAAUUAAAUUACAAGAAGCAUUUAAAUGUCGAUCAGAAUAUUUAGAGGUGUUUGGAUAUUUAAAUUCAAUAGCAAAUAAUUCCUUGUCUGAUAAUACAAUAUCAGAUAGAAAUUCAAAUCAAGUUUGGAAAUCAUAUCAAACAUGGUGUGGUGCUGAACGUUCAUCAAAUAAUCCAUCACCGAAUACACGUUUUCUUAUUUCGUCCAAUUCAUUAUAUAUGUCAUUAAAAACAACUAUAUCAACAAAACAACGAUAUUUUAAAAUAAGAUAUAAAGUUGUUCCAUCAAUAGUACGUUCACAAUAUGAUCCUGAUGGUAUUGCAUUUGAUUCAUCAUCAGAACCAUCAAUAUCUUCCGUAAUGACAGUAACAACAUCAACAGCUAUUGUAUCAACAACGAUUGUUAUGCCAACAAUAGAAAAUAAUGAAAUUAAAAAUUUAAAUGGAACAACAACAAAACGAACAUAUAAAAAAGAAAUUAUUAUUGGUGUUAUUGCUGGUGUAAUUGUUCUUACUAUUGCUAUACUUGCUGGUAUAGGUAUAUUUAUAUUCCUGAAAAGACGACGAAUGAGAACACCAGUAUCGAAAUCUCCUGCAUCACCUUCACCAGGAACAAAUGCUGGAAAGAAAAGUGUUCCAUCCCCAGCAACUGCAAAUAGUGGUGCAUCAAAACCAGGUACAAAAACAUCUGAUAAAGCUCCACUUCUUGAACAAUCAAGUAAACCAACUCCUGCAGCAGCACCUGUAAAACAGAAAUUAGUACCUGAAAGAACAGUACAAAUAUCUGAUGUUAAUACUUCUCGUUUUAAAUCGACUACUGGAGCAACAACAACAACAAGUAUAGAUCAGACGGGAAAAACUGGUAAAGAUAUAAAUUCUGAAGCUAUUGUUCCAUCAUCUGCAGCUAAACCAGCAUUAACAGCAGCUGAUAGUGGUAUUUAUGGUGCUGAUUUAAGUGAAGAUCCACCGCCAGUGAAUAAAACAGUUACAUCAGUUGAACCACCAAAAAUCUAUGGUAUUGAUUUACCUGAUAAAUCAGAAUCAAGUUCACCUGUAACUGUUGUUAUUAAUCCACUUAGUGAAAAUCCUUCAAUUACUCCGUCGAAUACAACAUUAUCUGCUAUUGUUGUUCCAAAUAAUGUACCUAUAGAUGAAUUAUCUGAGGAAAAAGAUGUUUUAUUAACACCAUUAUUACAUCAUGAACAUUUAGAUGAAACAGUUAAAAGUGCCUAUUUAAGUUUAAUUGAUGCAACAAUGAGUGAAAAUGAAGGAACAAUUGGUGGUGGAUCAAUAACUAGUAGUGCAUCUCAGUCACGACGAACAUCCUAUGUAAAACAACCAUUACUAUCACAUGAAACAAAUAAUAUUGACACAAUGCAACGUAAAGCUACACAAUUUAAUCCAUUACAUGUUAUAUUAAAGAAAGAUGCCAAUAAGUAUUAUACCACAGAAUAUAUUUAA